GCUCCCGGAAGUAACGCAGUAAUUUAUUUUUCAUUCUCAAACGUCAUUGUUGUUUUCACGCGUUUUCCUUGUGUUAAUAAAAAUAAUUCAGUUAAUCGUUUCUGGCAUUUAGUUCUGAUGAAACACAGUCAACACGGGCCCGAUCUUUCGAUUAAAUCCGUGUCUAUCUGCAUGAACAGUGUUGUGUUUAGUUGUUGUGUGUCUGUAGCAGUUGCUCAGUUCUCGGUCCUCUGAACACAUGAGUGUGUCUCUGGUUGUGAUCAGACUCGAACUCGCAGAUCAGUCUGAUUCCCCGCACGGCUUUCAAUACUGCGCCGUUUCAGAGAUGUCAGAGGAUGAGAUGAGAGAGAAAGCGCUGGGCUCCGCCAGAGCGACGCUGGGCAGUAAAACGGAGCUGGAGCGAGCAACCAUCCUCCACCAGCACCUGGGCAGCCGCGUCAUGAGCGACAUGGUGAUCGAGACCUUCCAGCCCAGCGCAGGAGUUGAGGAAGGUAAAGAAGAUCUGAAGUCCAUAGGAGACGUAAAUAGAGAAGACAAAGAUCAAACGGACAUGAGCGUGACUCCAGACUCUCCCUCUAAACAGCUGCCGGAUCAGAUCUCGUUCUUCAGCGGAAACCCGUCAGUGGAGAUUGUCCACGGCAUCAUGCACCUCUACAAAACUAAUAAGAUGACGUCACUCACAGAGGACGUGCGGCGCAGCGCGAUGCUGUGUGUCCUCACCGUACCCACCACCAUGACCAGCCAUGACCUCAUGAAGUUUGUGGCUCCAUUCAAUGACGUCAUGGAGCACAUGAAGAUCAUCCGUGACUCCACACCCAACCAGUACAUGGUGCUGGUCAAGUUCAGGAGUCAGGCCGAUGCCGACAGCUUCUACACGACAUGCAACGGCCGCCAGUUUAACUCCAUUGAGGAUGCUGUCUGCCAGUUAGUCUAUGUGGAGAGGGCAGAAGUCAUAAAAUCUGAAGAGGGGGCCAGUUUACCUGUGAUGGAUCUGACUGAGCUGCCCAAGUGUACCGUGUGUUUGGAGCGCAUGGACGAGUCCGUCAACGGCGUGUUGACCACCCUGUGCAACCACAGCUUUCACAGCCAGUGUCUGCAAAGAUGGGAGGAUGCAUCGUGUCCUGUAUGCAGAUACUGUCAGACUCCUGAACCUGUGGAGGAGAACAAGUGUUUUGAGUGUGGAGUGCAGGAGAAUCUGUGGAUCUGUCUCAUCUGCGGUCACAUUGGCUGUGGACGCUACGUUAGUCGUCAUGCCUACAAGCACUUUGAGGAAACGCAGCACACUUACGCAAUGCAGCUGACCAAUCACAGGGUCUGGGACUACGCUGGAGAUAACUACGUCCAUCGGCUUGUUGCCAGUAAAACCGAUGGGAAGAUGGUGCAGUACGAGUGUGAGGGCGACACAUGUCAGGAUGAGAAGAUCGAUGCACUGCAGCUUGAGUAUUCAUAUUUAUUAACCAGCCAGCUGGAGUCUCAGCGGAUUUACUGGGAGAAUAAAAUAGUUCAUCUGGAGAAAGACACAGCGGAGGAGAUCAACAACAUGAAGGCCAAAUUCAAGGAGACGAUUGACAAGUGUGACAGUUUGGAGCGGAAAAUAAACGAACUCACCAAAGAAAAACAAUCCAUUGAAAAGAAAUGUUCACAGCUGAACAACAAAGUGGUGAAGCUCAGUCAAGAGCUGCGGGAGGAGCAAGAGAUGAACCGAUGCCUGCGAGCCAAUCAGACGCAGCUCCAGGCACAGCUGCAGGAGGAGGAGAGGCGGGCUCACGAGAUGUUGGCCAAUAAAGACGGCCAGAUCGCCGAGCUGCAGGAGCAGCUGCGGGACGUCAUGUUCUACCUGGAGACGCAGCAGCACAUCGACCGCAUGCCGGCGGACACCCGACAAGAAAUCCAAGAGGGUCAGAUCAACAUUGCUGCGGCCCCCACUGCCCCACAGCCUGGGCCCUCGACCCACGGCACCGGCAAACUGAGUGGCCGGAAAGGACGAUCCAAGAGGGGAAAGUAACGAAAGAUGUUGCGUUUAGUAUAUUCAGUGCUUAACGGAUGGCAGAAAUGUUGCACAGGAAAUGAGGAAGUUUGAAUAAUCAUCCUUCCUCAUGUCAGAAGCUCUAAUAUAUUACGAUUUGUUCACUACUAUCUCGCACGAGGACACCAGUACUGCUUAGAAAUGUAGCUCGACCUGUUUUAUAUGAAAACAAAGUGCUGUUCUUGUCGCAGAAUUUUAUUUUCGUAUCUUUUUAGUGUCCUCAUAGCUGGAAGAUGUCAUUUUUUCAUUUACUUUGUAGAAAUUACUGAAUAUUGCUUUCUGCAGUUCUGACAGAUGAAUCUCAAAAAAUUAAUGUCAUGUUUCACUCAGAAAAAAAAAGAAAUAAUAUUUUGCUUUAAUGCAUCUGGAAUAUUUUUUAAAGUCAUUUCUGUUUUUUUUUUUUUUUUAAUUUGCAUUAAAACCCCCCAAAAAAUCUGUAUUAUAUGGAAGUCAGUUUUUUCCAAAAAAGAAUUUCUCUCAAAUCUGAGUAUAUAUCUCAUAAUUCUGACUUCUUUCCUCUGAAUUCUGACUGUACCUAGCAUUUUUUUAAUAAAAAAUGGGAUUUAAAAAAAGUAAUUGUGACUUUGAGAAAAAUGAUGCAAGAUAUACACUUGCAAUUCUAAGGAAAAAGUCAGAAUUGCAAGAUAAAUCUGGAAAAAAAUUUUUUUAACUGUAAUGCAUCUGGAAUGCAUGUGGAAGACCUUUUUCCAGAAAAAAAAUAAUACAGAAUUGUGAAAAAAAAAAUUGAAAAAAAGUUCAGCUGCAAAAAAAUUUAAAUUCUGAGGGAAAAAAAAUGUCAAAGAUUUAAAUCUGAGUAUACAUAUCUCAUAAUUGAGUUUUUUCUCUGAAUUCUGAGUGUACCUAACAAUUUUUUUUAAACAAAAAAAUAAAUAAAUAAAUAAAAAGUAAUUGUGACUUUGAAAAAAAUUAUCAGAGUUGUAAGAUAUAACAAAAACUCUAACUUUUUCCUCUAAAUCCAGGGUUUACAUCUCCUAAUUUUUAUUUUUUUGAUUAAUUGAAUCAAUCAAUAAAUUAUAUGAAUAUAAGUGCUAUCAAACGAUUAAUCACAUCCAAGUGAGUUUUUGUUCACAUAAUGUGUGUAUACUGCUUAUAUUUAUUAUGUAUAUGUACACACAAUAUAUAUUUUGAAAAUAUUUACAUGUAUAUAUUUUUAUUCAUAUAAUUAAUAUUAUAAGUAAAUAUAUUUAAUAUACAAACAUAACAUUUUUUCUAAAAAAUAUUAAAAAUAUAUAUACAUAAUAUAAAUAUACAUCAUAAAUGUACACUGUACACAUACAAAUAUUAUGUAAACAAAAACUUUUAUUUUGGAUGCGAUUAAUGUUUGACAGCACUACCUGUUUGGCCCUACAAUAAAUACUACUAAAUACUAUAAUUUAAAUAAUAUUAAUAUACCCUCUUUUUUGCAUUAAAAAACUUGCAAACAAAAUGUAACUGUCAUGAAUACAACAGGCUACGCCUCAUAAUAGGCUGCAUUUAAUUUCUGCAAAAUAUAAUUUCUUCUUUCUUUGGAUUCAGGCUGAAAUCUGACAUUUUUGAUGAGAUUCAGCUCAUUGUGAGAAGUAUUAUGAUCGCAGAUCACAGGUGUGGUACUGUAACCCGCAGUCACAAUGACUUGAUGCACAGAAAGGCGCUUUUGUAGUGAAAGGGCUCGUCCGCUUCAUGAUGUCAUUUGGUUAAUAGACACACACUGUACGAAAUCAUGUGGCUUUUGUCAUAUUUCACCCUCUAACACAUCCACCCACUUAUUUUUAGAACGUUAUACAGAGUCACUCUUUGUUUUGAGACAUUUUUGUAGUUUCCACACCCUUCUCGGCGGUUACAAAUGCGUGGGAUUGCUGAAGGGUAUAAAUAACUUUUGACAAGAACAAACCGCAACCAUUUAACACCCUUUAAAUAUGUGUGGUUGUCCAACUGUUGAAACUACAAAUAAAUUCUGAGGUAACUUCACUAGCAAAGCACUAAUAGAGAUUGUAAAAAUUAUGAGGGUAAAGAAAUAGUUAUAUAUAGGCAUUUUUACUCACUUGUAUCGCCGUGUGGUGAAACAACAGGCCGUUAACGUUACCUACGAAUGGCAGUGAAGACGAGUCAUCAUUACGACGAAUAAACUACUUUUGUUGCUUAAUAAACUGACAGCCUGUUUGCUAAUCUUUAACCCGUUUGACAUUACAUUUUUAUUUAGGAGUGAGCUAUAUUCGGAGUUUAGAACGAAAAAUAAAGCAGUCACUGACAACUUUGCGACAGCUAGUAUUUAGAUUAUGGCGGUUGUCAUCAAUGAUCGACCGUUGCAAAACUCGAAAGCCAUUAAAUGACGUGACUAUAAAUUAUAUAAUUUUAAAAUGUAGAUUUUUAAAUAUUAAUUGUACACAUUGAUAUAAAAUUAUAAAAUUCUAAUUUUGUAAAGAAAAUAAUUAUAAAACAAUUCAUCAAUGAUCGACCGUUGCAAAACUCGAAAGCGAUUAAAUCACGUGACUAUAAAUUACAUAAUUUUAAAAUGUAGAUUUUUAAAUAUUAAUUGUACACAUUGAUAUAAAAUUAUAAAAUUGUAAUUUUGUAAAAAUAAUUAUAAAACAAUUCAUCAAUGAUCGACCGUUGCAAAACUCGAAAGCGAUUAAAUCACGUGACUAUAAAUUAUAUAAUUUUAAAAUGUAGAUUUUUAAAUAUUAAUUGUACACAUUGAUAUAAAAUUGUAAUCUUGUAAAGAAAAUAAUUAUAAAACAAUUCAUCAAUGAUCGACCGUUGCAAAACUCGAAAGCGAUUAAA